GCAGCCGUAGCAACCGUCAUGGCGACGGGAAGCUUUGCCGAGCGGCUCAUCUGCUUAUGACCUCGCAUUAGGUUGUUGACAUCGCGUUAAUUCACCACAUUACAGCGUCAAAAAUGUUUACAGUCGUGUGCACUGUCGUUUUGGGAUGUCUCCGAGCCCCACAGUCUCUGCCCCGGGAUAUUUACGAGGAAAAUGGGAUACGCUGAGUGUGACUGUAUCAUGGAAUCGAGAACGGGGAGUGUGUCAUCAGGACUGGGGUCCAGUACUGGCAGGAGAGGACAGACAGUGAAAAGUAGCCCUUUCUGUCCUCGCUCAUCCAGCAAACUGACACAGUCCAUCGUUAGAGAUCACAUGGUGUCUCAUUACAAAAAGGUUUACUCGGCUAAGGCUGCCAUCGAUACUUCAGUUCCUAAAAGCAUGAUACACAGUGUAAAAUACAAUGACCACAUCAGGCAGGAUCGCUUCAGGAAAGGAGGUCGUCCUCAGUCAGCUCAUUCUCUUUCACAGAACAAUAGCAGAGCCUCCUGCUUCUUAGCCCAGAGUAGAUUAUCCUUGCAGUAUGAAGACAACUCAUAUCUCUGCUCGAGGGCCUCCAUGGCCUCCAGCUCAAAGUUCAGAACUUCAUUCCACGCUAAGGACGUUGUUAAAGUGGAGCAUUCCCAUCACUCUCGCCCAGCAUCACAAUCGAAGUCCCGGAGCCCAGAGUCAGCUUUGCGCCGAAAGCAGUCAGUGUGUUCACUGUCGGCUUCAGGAGCUCAGAGUUUCUGUAAGACCUUCCAGGACCCUGUCCAGAAGACUUAUAGUGGAGACUUGCUCCAGAAACACUCACAGCACUUUACACACGGCAAACCUUUUACCCCCAAGACCCUAAAGACAGAUAAGAGUUCAUAUCUGGAAAAAUAUCGCUACUACAGAGCACCACUAAGGAAGCCCACUCAGGACUGCAACGAUCACACACUGAUGCAACAGGAGACCAGUGACAGAGGCACGAAAACCACAGAAUGUACACAGGAAUUUGAUCAACCGUCUCAGGGAUUCGUGACGGAGCACGAGUGGUCGGAGGACGAGUCGAAUGGCACAUAUUUGUUAGCGUCCAGACAAAAGAGUCGAAUAAACAAGAGCAGAGACUACUCUUUCUUUGACUCCUCAUCCAGGUUAAAAUUGACCUCACCAGAAGAUAAGAAAUCUCUCAAUAGGAAGAAAGCAUCUGCAGAGGAAGAAGAAUUAAAGUACCUCGAAUUUAUUUCUGCUGUAACGGAGGAUAUUUUAUCCAGGAGGCACAUCUCUGACAGGGUCCUGGGUCGGGUGAUAAAGCACCAUAUUGACAUGAAUCGGCAUCGACUCGAUGAGGGUAAAAUGCUCCACCUUCUGGCAGUGCUGCGUAAAGACUUUGAAGAGCCAACCAACACGACCACCUCCAAUACAGAGCUUGAAAAAAGGGAGAGUGAUCUGCUUGACUCUCUCCAGCCUUUUCUGGAAUCAGGGGGAGAGCAAGUAAAGACCAAAGAAGACAACGACGUUUUCUCCUACGUGUCACUGAUUAAACAGUGCGAUUCGCCUAAUUUCACGGAUGCCUUAUUAGUGUCUACACCCGUAUGUUCUCCUGACAGGACUGCGUCACCAAUAACAACAAACGGAAAGGACCAGGAGAGCGACAAUCAGGAGAAGUUAACAAGCUCUCCUCGGCUCGGUGAGCAUCUCCCUGAGAAUACAGGCGUCAGUGAAGAGGACGUCCAUCAAAAUGAAAUCGGUAACAGUAACACUGCAACAGAUGAAGAAGUCAGCCAUGAAAACCGUGAACACACGUCUGUAACCAGCGAUGAAAUAUUGAAUCAAGACCAAGCCGAGGUCAGUCAUGAUGGACAAUCUCAAGAGCUCGAAGAUCUGGGAAGACAUCUGUCAGAGUCUCUUCAUGUGUCCAGCAAUAACUCGGUUAAUGUGGAGACCACUAAUGAGCAACAUGUAAACACAGUUGCUUCUGUCAGUGAUGAUGAGUUCUGAGUUUUGUGACCAGGUGAGAGGGAAGAAAUGUAAUAUUUUGAAUUUUCACGUAAAUGUGACUCAACACUGGUUGUGUUUUUAAAAGCCUUGUUCACGUUUUAUUCAAAUCUUUACCAAAAGCUUUAGAUUUAUCGACAUGCAGAUGAAUCCAUGAGUAAUAGUAGGU